AUGGGAGCUGAAAACAGAACACCGGCUUUGCUUUGUAUCGUCCUCAGGGACCUGCAGGACCUGGAUGACUCCACCCAGCUCCCGCUGCUCUGCCACUUCUCUGAGACGGCAGAAGGCCUGACCACCAUCAGAGCCUUCAGACACGAGGCCAAGUUUAAACAGCGCAUGUUGGAGCUGACUGAUACCAACAACACGGCCUACCUGUUUCUGUCUGCUGCCAACCGCUGGCUGGAGGUCCGAACGGACUACCUGGGAGCGGUGAUUGUCCUGACGGUGGCCGUGGCGUCCGUCUGGUCCGGUCAGACAGCUGCCCUGGUGGGACUGGGCCUGACCUACGCCCUCACUAUCACAAACUACUUAAACUGGGUGGUGAGGAACUUAGCAGACUUGGAGGUCCAGAUGGCGGCUGUGAAGAAGGUCAACAGCUUCCUCGGCACCGAGUCCGAGAACUACGAGGGAUCUAUAGAUGCCUCCCAGGUCCCUGAAAACUGGCCUCAUGACGGAGAGAUAAAGAUCCAGGACCUGUGCGUGCGCUACGACCCCAUGCUCAAACCGGUGCUGAAGCACGUCAACGCGUUCAUCAAACCGGGCCAGAAGGUGGGGAUCUGCGGUCGCACCGGCAGCGGGAAGUCCUCCCUCUCUCUGGCCUUCUUCAACAUGGUGGACAUCUUUGAAGGUGGUUUGGAGGUAUUGAAACUGCCCAAGAGAAGGUUGCGUUCACAAUUGACAUACAAACAUCAAAAUGGUAUCGUGAGCUCAUCCUGCUUCAGGUUCAAUCUGGAUCCAGAGAGGAAGUGCACCGACGACCGCCUGUGGGAGGCGCUAGAGAUCGCCCAGCUGAAGAACAUGGUCAAAGCUCUGCCUGGAGGACUGGACGCCAUGGUGACAGAAGGAGGGGAGAACUUCAGCGUCGGUCAGCGGCAGCUCUUCUGCCUCGCCAGAGCCUUCGUCAGAAAGAGCAGCAUCCUCAUCAUGGAUGAAGCCACGGCGUCCAUAGACAUGGCCACGGAGAACAUCUUGCAGAAGGUGGUGAUGACGGCGUUCGCAGACAGAACCGUGGUCACCAUCGCACACCGGGUCCACACCAUCCUGACGGCCGAUCUGGUCAUCGUGAUGAAGAGAGGAAACAUCCUGGAGUACGACAAACCGGAAACUCUGCUGGAGCAGGAGGACGGGAUGUUCGCCUCCUUCGUCAGAGCCGACAUGUAGUCCCCUGAUCGGACGACGGCCGGCAGACUCAUCCGUCUCACUCCUAAACAUCUUUACUUUAAACUUUAAUAUGCAAGGAGGACAAACAGGAAGUCCAUGUCUAAGCCAAGGAUACAGCAGGAAGCUGCGGAGGCGACUGGACGCGGUGUACUGCUAAGGUCCUCCUGGAUCAACAGGCCAUUUCACUUAGGUUCAUACAUCAGCACUAAACAUGUGAUCAUCGAGGGGGGAUUUAUAUAUUCAGACGUGAUUUUAGAGUUUCAAUUAUGUUUGUAAAUUAUUUAGUGUUUGGUUUCGAUGUUAUCACUAAAAAAACUCUGAUUUGGGAUCAAAGACUUGAUCAAGCCUUUAAAAUGAAAUAGUUAUGACUAACGUUUAGGUUACAAGGUUGUUCCUCAUUAAUUCAAUUCCAAAAAAACUUUAUUAAAAGAAAAUUAAACGUCAACUAGCAGUUAUUAGCAGCUACCUGCGUUUCCGCUAAUUAUUCUGUUCAAAUUACUCUUUUUUUCAUUUUUUAUAUGUUACGGUGUAUGAUUAAAUAGCCUUUUUUAUGACCAUCCUCUUAAAUUUACCACAAAUCAAAAUGUCUCUAGGUUAGAAAAGAGCUUUCAAUGUCAAAAUAAAUUCCACGAAGAAAUCAAGCAAUGGUUGAGUUAGCCUCGCUCACAUAGAGCAGCUUUCAACCCAAACACUCUCAGGACGGUGUGUGUCAAUUCGCUGCAUUAAGUAGUCCCAGCCAAGUUCAUGGUUUCCUUUAUAUAAAGCUUUUUUUCUGAUGUUUGGUUUUAAAGGUUUUAAAAACUCUAUUUUUUGUGAACAUUAAGUGAAAUGUAGCUGGAUUUCUUAGUUACAACAAAAGAUCCCGGACAAGCCCCCAACUUUGUUACCUCCCUUUCUCCUUUGGGGAGUUUCUAUAAACGCUGAGCCUUCAGGCUCUUUUAUAAUCAAUGAGUUUUUAAGCUGUUUAACUUUUACGUAUGGCACCACUUUUAUCUAUACUAUAAUAUCACUGAUAUUAAGCAAUAAUGAAGCCAGAGGUGUUCAGUGCCUCGCGCAGCUUUCUCACUGUGAAAGAAGUUGCUUUUUAUUGUAUUAUACACUUAAGGUUUAUUGCAAGGUUCUCCCACAGAUGUACCACUGAUAGAGCAGAUUGAACUGGUCGCUCACAUCAGGAAGAGGAAGAUUCUAGUGACUCUUCGUCAAUCAUGACGAACCUUUUAGGGACGUUUUUAAUUAUCGGGCUCAUAAGGCUAGUUGUAAAAAUGUCUUGAUGGAUGGGAACAUAGAUCAGAAACAAAUAGUUUAUCUUAUCUCAAGAAAUAAAAACAUACUUUUUCAUUUCUUUGACUUAAUAUUCUCAUAUUCAAACUUUUACAGCUAAAUAUUUGUUUGAUCUAGAUUGUUUCUGGUGUGCGUUUGCCGUCACUCCACUCUAUCAGCUGUAUUUCUGUGCAGACUUUAGUGCGAACACUGUAAGGUGCGGCGGCUCCGCCUGCAGCCGCUGAACCUGCUGUCUGUCUGCAGUCAUGCUUUGCUGAACCAUCAGAGGAGAGCUGCUGGUAGCCGGGGAGGUGAUUUUCUGUAAAGUAUCAAUAAAACCUUUUCUAAUAAAAUUAUUUUAUUCUCCACUUCAGUUCAGCUUCAAAUGAGGCAUUUCUGCCAUAAAUUCUUCUCUUUGACCAACUGGUCUUCCUGAAUUAGGAAGACAUUAAAUCUGUGAGUCUUUAAAGUAGUGUAGUUUCUAUAAAUAAUGCAGAGUGAUAGUUUGCAGAAGGAUUCAUAUUUUUCCCUGAUCAUUAUUCACCAGUGUAGCUCUCUGAUAAAUAGAUCCGAGUUGCAGAGCAUUAAGAAAUCUACAUAUUUAAUCUCCAAAUGUCUGAACUUGUAUUGGAUCCUAAUUCUAGCUUUUAAACUCUAUAAUAUUUCCUUAAUUUCAGCCUGAAUUCCUUGUUUAUUUUCUCUGGAAGCUGUGAUGUCGUCCCUUUGCUUUCUUGAUUAAACCAUUUUAACAAGUUUGUUCAGGACUUUAUGACUUAUCUACCGUACAAAGUAAACACCAGAUUUAUUGGGUCACCAGUGUUUAUUUCAAAGACUUUCCUCCCUGAUGUUUCUGUUUUUUGUCUUGUUCAGUUAAACAUCCAAACGUUUAUUUUUCUUCCUCUCAGCAGCGAUGUUCAGAUCUCUGAUCCCUUCAGCUCUUCCUCUCCUGUUUAUCACCUUGUUUCUCUAAAUCUCCGUCAUAUUUACUCCUGCAUUCUGUUUCUGUUGGACUUUUAACAAAACAAACUCUGAAAGAAACUGUUGAUGAAACCGAUUAACGGGGUUUAAUUAAAUGUGUCGUCGUUAAAUCAUCGGCAGCUCUAUGCAGAAAGUCUCACUUCAUCUGAAUUCACACAUCUUCAUGUUAAAUGACACUUUUGUAUGAUUUUUAUAGAUUCUGAGCUUUACCAACUGUGUUAUCAUAUCUGAUGGUUUAAAGAAUAUAAAACAGCUGAUUAUUUGUGCCUAUAUUUUUUUCUACACAUGAAAU